CUCUCUCUCUCUCUAUCUAUCUCUCUAUUAAUCUCCAGUAUUUGUCAGGAUUUGGGUAUUUUUUAAUAACGAUCAGUGUCCAAUCUCUCUUAUCGUCUUCACAAGUUUCCUAUUAUUUCAUUCUCUUCUUUAUUCUCAAUUCUCUCUCUCUCUCUCUGUCUUGUAAACUCAAAGACAAAUCUUUUUCACAUCUCUCUCUCUCUUUGCAUAUUCUUGAGAAUUCAAGUUAACCUAAAAAACAGAGAGCAAUGAAGAAAAUUGUGUUAAAGCUGGAUUUGCAUGAUGAUAAGGCAAAACAAAAGGCCCUCAAAACUGUUUCUACUCUCCCAGGAAUCGAUUCCAUUGCAAUGGACAUGAAGGAGAAGAAAUUAACGGUGAUCGGAACUGUAGAUCCGGUAAAUGUAGUAAGUAAGCUAAGAAAGUAUUGGCCGAUGACGGAUAUCAUACUAGUGGGACCUGCUAAAGAACCGGAAAAGGAGAAGAAGGAAGAGCCGAAGAAAGAAGGUGGUGGAGAGCCGCCGAAGAAAGAAGGAGAAGCUCCAAAAGAAGAAGGGAAAAAGGAAGGAGAAGCGCCGAAGAAGGAAGAAGAGAAGAAAGAAGGUGGCGAUAAGAAGGAAGGAGAGAAGAAAGAUCAACCACAACCGCAGCCGCAACCUGUUGUACCGCCACCGGAUCAUGUGUUGGAACUUGUAAAGGCGUAUAAAGCAUAUAAUCCUCACCUAACAACGUAUUACUACGCCCAAAGCAUCGAAGAAAACCCUAAUGCUUGCGUUAUAUGUUGAAAAAUCUUUAAUAUAAUAUAUUUUGGUGAAAAGACGGACCGAUCUAUAGUGAGGAUGAAGAAUAAGAAACACAGGAUGUAUCUUAGACUAAGAUAAAUCGAUUCGGAUGGGAUCAGAUAUGCUUUUUUUUUUUCCUCGAUAAUGCGGGGAAAAUUUAUUUCCUUAAAUCGAUUUCGAUGAUAUGUUUUGUGUAUAUAUCGUCGAUAGUACUAGAAUUUUUACUUUGAAGGGAACUAUCUGUAAAUAAUGGUGUUAUAUAUAUGCGUUAGUCUUGUAAUUUUUUUAAAGUGUGAUAUUAGAAUGCC